AUGAAUCGAUACACUACCCUAAAGCAACUUGGAGAUGGAACGUAUGGGAGUGUGUUACUGGGCAAAUGCAAUGAGACAGGAGAGCUUGUGGCUAUUAAGAGAAUGAAGAGGAAGUUUUUUUCUUGGGAAGAAUGUUUGAAUCUCAGAGAAGUGAAGUCUCUGAAGAAACUGAGCCACGCCAAUGUGGUCAAACUGAAGGAGGUGAUCAGGGAAAAUGACCAGCUCUACUUUGUGUUUGAAUACAUGAAGGAAAACCUCUAUCAGCUCAUGAAAGAAAGAGAAGAAAAGAUGUUUUCUGAGCAUGAGAUCAGAAAUAUAAUGUUUCAGGUGUUGACUGGUCUGGCUUUUGUGCAUAAACACGGUUAUUUCCACCGAGACAUGAAGCCAGAGAACCUGCUGUGUAUGGGCCCAGAGCUGGUGAAAAUCGCAGACUUUGGACUGGCUCGAGAAAUCCGCUCCCAGCCUCCAUACACUGACUAUGUCUCCACCAGAUGGUACCGUGCGCCAGAAGUCCUGCUCAAGUCCACAUCCUAUAACUCUCCAGUGGAUAUGUGGGCAGUAGGCUGUAUUAUGGCCGAACUCUAUACACUCAGACCUCUGUUCCCCGGAAACAGUGAAGUUGACGAGAUCUUUAAGAUCUGCCAGGUUCUGGGAACGCUGAAAAAGUCAGAUUGGCCUCAGGGGUAUAACCUGGCCUCCUCUAUGAACUUCCGUUUUCCUAAGUGUGUCCCUGCAAGCCUCCAUAGUCUGAUCCCAAAUGCCAGUGAUGAUGCCAUAGCUCUGAUGAGGGACCUGCUACAGUGGGACCCCGACAAGAGACCCAGCGCUCUGCAGGCUCUCAGAUACCCGUACUUCCAUGUGGGAGUUUCAAACGUUAAAGCCCAGUCGAAGUUUCUGGAAGAGAGUGUUCAGACUCUGUCUCUCUGUACGACCCGCCCGGACUCUUCUCACGACCAAGUUAAAUCUCCUAUAGAGACAGGAGAGUACAGCCCUCCUCCUCUACAGCCUCUCCACCCUCUGCACAUCAUACAACAAGAAACUUACAAAGAAGAGGAGCCACUCAGUCUAGUCAAAAACAGACAGCAACAGCUUGCUAAAGCAGUUCACACUGGAGCAAAGAACAGCGCCCCCAGUGCCCGAUCGGUGCGUCGCAGAUGGAGCCGAACUUCUUCUCGAUCAAUGGACAGCUUUGAUAACACAGACAAAAAAUCCACUACUAACUCUCGAAAAAACAGGAUGCUGGACAGACAGAUUUCGAGUGCAUCUAUAAAACAACAGACCAAUUCCCCAGUGAACAAAUCUGAGUUAACAGUUUUAUCGGCAAAGCAGCACUACCUGCGUCAGUCCAGAUACCUCCCCGGUGUAAACCCAAAAAGCAGUUCUAAAGAGAGACAGAAAUGCAACAAGAACCAGUUUGGAAGCCCCAGUUCAUGUAAAGCCAAGGGACAAGAAUCUGACUUCAGUAUAGUUGAUCUGUCUUUUGCCACCAACUUGAAAAAAGACUUGAUGUUAACAACAGCCAAAAAGGACAACUCAUACAAGCUAUUUAUCUCCAAUGAAGAUGAAAAUAGAUGGAACAGCAAAUCCUUCAGCAGUGAAACUCCAAAAUCAAAUCAUAUUUUGAAGUCUACAUUUGGUUGUAGCUCAAAUCUCGCCCCAGUGCACGGACGAGUGGACUGGACCGCCAAAUAUGGAGGAGGAUACCGAUAA